AUGAGAUCUAAGGAGGACACAAAUGAGUGGUGGGAAGAGAAUAGUAAGGUCAUUAGGAGGGUGGCAGAGGAGGUGCUAGGAAAAACAUCUGGGAAAGGAAUGCCUCAGGGAAAAGGUACGUGGUGGUGGAGUGAGGAAGUUCAAGUUAAGAUCAAGGAAAAGAAGGAGGCGAGAAGAAAGUUUGAAACAUCAGGUAGAGGGGAUGAUCGAGCAGCAGCAAAAUCAGCCAAUAAAGAGGCAAAGAAAGCAGUAGCACAAGCCAAAGCAAGAGUAAUGGGCGAAAUCUAUGAAGAGUUGGAAACAACUGAAGGACAGAAAAAGAUAUAUCUGUUAGCAAAGAGGAGAAAUAGAGCGACAAAUGAUUUCACACAGAUAAAACAGAUAAAGGAUGGAGAAGGAAGAGUACUCAGUGACGAGAAUGAAAUUAGGAAUAGAUGGAAGGUCUACUUUGAAAAGCUACUGAAUGAGGAGAAUGAGAGAGAUUUUGGAGAAUGUACUUCAAAUAAGAGAGAAAUGCCAGAAAUAGAAAGACAAGAAGUAAAGGAGGCCUAG